AUGUUACGGACCGUCUCCAAGGGCAUAUCGCCCACUCUUCUCUUCUUGCUGGUGCUGCUGGUGCUAUUGCCCGCCAAAGCAAACGCGUUUGGAGCUGGCAACAUCGCUUCUAUUUCCACCGUCGAGGGCAAGAAUUGGCGCCAUGGCGAUAUUGAAGAUACCAUCAAGGCGCUUGCCUUUAUCAAGGGACACAAAUGGACAUCGACUAUGAUCAAGCGGGUAUACUUCGGGAAUUGGUUACGAGACUACUCCCAGGCAAUGGAUGUUGGCACUUUGAAGAAUCUGCAAGCCGAUACAAUCCGGGUUCUGGUUUGGGUUCUUUCGUUUAUGAGUUUUGGUUUUGCGACUGCGGAAUUCGAAGUCACUGCGGACAGACUUGGCGUCUAUCGCCCUGAGGAGCACAUCGACAACCCCAAGGAUUACGCAGAUAAUGAGGAUGCGAGACAGUACGAUAAACGACUUCGCCCUCCCAUCCGCCCAAUCGAGCUCGAAAUCGACCCGCAAACUGGUAUGAAAAACUACAUUGCAAACGAGAGAGGAGAUUGGGCUACAAGCGCUGCAUAUGUCAAAUACAGCAUGUCUCGAAGCAUCCAUUACGGGAGGAUGUAUACAAGCGGUGGCGGUGACAAAGGCAAAGAGGAGGAUCUCUGUGAGGCGCUCAGAUGUCUCGGCCAGGGUCUCCACACCCUUGAAGAUUUCGGCGCUCAUUCCAACUACUGUGAAUUGUCGUUGCGUGAAAUGGGCAUGCUUAAUGUAUUCCCCCAUGUCGGCACCGCCACGCAAAUCAAUCUCCAUGGUCAUCACGUCUUCCCGCUUGUAACGGGUACUUUUGGGAUGGUGGAUUUCUUCCACUCGGUCCUUGGCGAGGCGAAUGAUCACUUUGCCCAGUCCGAGUUGAACGAGGCGGACAAUGCGCUUCUCAAUGCUGAGAAUAACUCGGGAUCCAGCCCCCUCAACGCAUUGACUGGUCUUCUCGGCAAGGUCCCUGGUACAAAAGAACUAGUCUCUGAAGCCGAAGAAUUGAAAGAGCGUUCCGAGGCACAGGCAGAGUUGAACCGCAGCCAAAAUGUAAAUACUGGCUAUACAAGCUCUUCUCGCGGAUUCGAUGAUCCAGCGUACGGCAGUUUCGAACAGAGUCGUGCAUACGGGCAAGAAGGUUAUGGCGCACCCCAACAUCAACCCCCUCAAACAGGCGGUGGAGGCUCAGAACGACUACAGGGGCUUCAAGACUUUGACCCUCAAAAGACCGUCAACCAGAUCUACCCCAUCCUUCAGUUCAGAGACAAGGUGGUGCGACGUAUCAACUCAAUCAUUGAGAAGAUCCCCGGAUUGGAAGCCCUUGUCGAGAAGAUUACGGAAACUGUUACUCUCUUCGUCUUCUCUCUGCUAGCCCCGUUCAUUCGCCCGCUGAUCAAGGUUGCCUCCAAGUCAUUGCAAACUGGAUCACUGGGCGUUGUGGAAUCUUCUGGCAAACACCAAUACGAAGUCUGGUCAGAUCCUCACUGCAGCGACCCCACUCAUUCCAUGCUUUCAAAGGAUCAUUUUGCAAACAUCCUCAAUGAGCCUGCAGGUCAAGUUGCCUCUGCUAUUUUGAGAUACGUUGUUCCGCGUGUUAUAUAUGCUUGGCAGCAUGUCGAUGUCCCCGUUGACCAGGUUCUAGACGACUGCUUGCGUGUUUUCCACCAUCCGGCAGUCAGGGAUAUGAACAACGAGGCCCACCGUACCAUGUUCGAAGCUGUUGAUCAUUGGGUCAAGUCAAGGUCUGAUCAUGGCCAUAACCUGAAUGACGUACUGAGCGCAGAAGCCGUCAAGGUUGGUAAGAACCUGAAGGGAAGCUCCUCAGGCAGCGGACAAGGUGGACACGGCCAUUCGCACGGCGGCGGGGGUUUCCCAGCCAUAAGUAGUCUUUACGGAGGCAGCCAUGGCCAGCAACAGCAAUCACAGCACCACCAAAGCUCCGGCUCCUCUCUCCCCUGGAACGAGCUCGAGAAACUUCCUAUCCCAGGGCUUUCCAACGUCACCAAUAUCGCCAACAAAUUUGGUGGGUUUGGCAACCUGCUUUCCCACGGCGUGAGUGGGUUGAGUAGAGAUCAACCUGAAGGAGAGCAACCUCAGGUACCUACCUCUCACCAGGAGGGCUACGAGUCGCAUCCUUCUCAGCAUCAGUAUCAGGACCAAGCUGCUCCCCCUGUUGCCCACGGUUAUGACCCUCCGUUCGAACGUCCACAAUAUGAACCAGGGUUCCAUCUUCCGCCUCCGUCGGGCUAUGAACAAUACCACGGCAAUUUCCACGAGGGCCGCGAAUACCAAGCCCCGGAAUCAGGGUCACAUACGUACGAGUAUCAUGAACACCAUGAACAGCAUCAAGGUGGAGGACACGGUGGCCACCAUCACAGCCACAGUCACAGUCAUGGACAUGAGCAUGGCCAUAGCCACAGUCACCAGUAUUAA